CCGCUACCCCGGAUGUCAACUCGGGACAUAUAUUUAAUUGAAGUCAUUGCGCAGACUGACAUAAAGUGAAGGGAGGGUUUUCAGCGACUGAAAGCUGCUACAAUGAAGGUUCCAGAAGCAGAGCUAAUGAGUGAUAUUCUGAAGCGGUUUACCGGAGAGUCUGCUCUGCCUCUUUACUGCAGCAUAGAGAAAUUUAAACGAGGCAGAGACGGGUUGUACUUUGUUGCCGAGGAAUUCUGCGAAACUGUUAAGAAGAGAGAGCUAGUCAACGCCAAGGAACGACUUAGAAUCAGGAACCUGAAUGCCAUGUUCUCGCGUUUGAAACGCAUGGUUCCACUGAUGCGGCCAGACAGAAAGCCUAGUAAAGUCGAUACACUUAAAGCAGCCACUGAAUACAUUCGAUUGCUUCUUGCUGUUUUGCACGAUACUGAAAAUAAUGAUGGCAUGGGGACUGAUUUCCUAAAGAAUGCAAUCACUUAUGGUCAGACUGAAGGCCUAGGCAAUGACUUAUGGAGAAUGGAUGAUCUGCUGAACAUAGACGAGCACCUGGAUGAUGGAUUCACGAUGCCCCCAGAACCAGCAACAGAGGACAGUGAUAUGCCCAGACUGGUGUUGCAACACUGUGUGAUGCCUGCAUACCAGUUCAUCAUCCAAGUUGCACCUGAUCAAGCUGCGGAACUAAAGGAGGAGGUGCGGCCUAACUUCCUGUAUUUGGAGGUUUCAGGGAAGUGAUGUCACAGGAGGUGCCAGGUGAAGAGGGGAGAAGAAACUGUGAAAGUAUUAAGUUAACUUUAGGGUUUGUUUCUUAGUUUUGAUGUGUCAGAGUUAGGAUAUAAUUGUUAAACCGUAAACACAGGGUUGUCGCUAUAUAGAAGUGGCUUCAGAGAUUUGAGAUUAUUUCUCAUGUUGGAAUAUACCUGCAAGAUGGAAGAUUCCAUUUGAGUUAAUUGUGUUUAAAAGGGCAUGAAGGUAUUUAAGCAGAUCAAGAAAGAAGUUAAGGAGGGAGGACCAGGUCAGUGUAGCUGUGUGCACGUGACGUUAAUUUCGGUUGGUUUGAGUAUAGUUAUGUUUAUUUUGUCACUUUCAUUUUUGUACAUAUUUUUGGUUGUUCUUUUUUGUAAAUAAACCACCUGCUACACUGGAGAA